CGCGGGGGGAGGAACAAGGAAGCGGACGCUCGCUGCGCUGCUGUGGAGCUAACGCGGGCUAACGGCUGCUAAUAUCCUCUCUGAUGCACGAGCCAGGAGCAUGCGACCUCAUACCUGCAGCUGACUUGUUCGGGGAUGUCGGGCAGUAAGGCGCUGGGCGGGGGGGCUGGCGGGGGGGCGAGGCGCAGGCGGACGCGGUGCCGGCGCUGCCAGGCCUGCAUGAGGACGGAGUGUGGAGAGUGUCACUUCUGUAAAGACAUGAAGAAGUUCGGAGGACCGGGACGCAUGAAGCAGUCCUGUCUGCUGAGACAGUGCACGGCGCCGGUGCUCCCUCACACAGCCGUGUGCUUUGCGUGUGGAGAAGCAGGGAAAGAAGACACCGUCGACUCAGAAGAAGAGAAGUUCAGUCUGUCUCUGAUGGAGUGCACCAUCUGCAACGAGAUCAUCCACCCCAGCUGCCUCAAGAUGGGUAAAGCUGAAGGAAUCAUUAAUGAUGAAAUCCCAAACUGCUGGGAAUGUCCAAAGUGCCACAAAGAGGGCAAAACCAGUAAGGAGGCGGACGGCUCGGGGAAGCGGCGGCUGGAUAACGGCGAGGUCGGCCGCUGGAAGCUCACCGACGAUCCGCCUCCCAAAAAGAAAGCACCUCCUUCCCUGGAGGAGGCGGGGAGGGGGGAGGGGGGGCACAAGAGGAAGAAGGAGAAGGAGCUGCCUCCAGACAGUGGACCCAAAAAAAAGAUGAAAGGAGCUCACGAGAAACGUCUGAAAAAGAAACCCAAACCGGAGGCGGUGGAGUCCAACGGUCCCACCUCCUCAGCUGGCGGAGCUGGAGGACUGCAGAGCUCCUCCACCUCGUCCUCCUCUCAGGCGGGGGGAGGCGGGGGAGGAGCGGGGGGAGCGGGGGGGACGUCCAGUGCAGACCAGCGCUCCCAUCACAGAGAGAAGCUGGAGCGCUUUAAGAGGAUGUGUCUGCUGGAGCGCCGGCCCGAGUCCUCCUCUUCCUCCUCCUCCAGCUCCGAGUCCGACUCGGAGUCCGACUCCGACGACUCCCUGCCGGGGGAGCAGGGGGGGGGCUCCUCGCCGUCCUCCUCCUCGCCGGCCCCGCCUCCUCCCGUCGUCUACGGCAACAGCAGCGGGAGCCGGGCGGACAGGGAGAGGAGUCGCAGCGAGCGGGAGCGAGAGAGGGAGCGGGAGCGGCGGCUGGCCGAGCUGGGCUUCAGCGCCAGCGACGACUCGGAGGGGGAGGGGGGGAGGGGGGAGGAGGAGGAGCGGGAGGAGGAGCAGGGAGGGGGGGCAGACAAGGCCCGGCGGAGAGGAGGGGAGACGGGGCUGCUGCCGCGGGGGCGCAAAGGAGCGAUGAUGGACGCAGAGGAGGAGGACACGCCCACCUCAGACAGGACCCGCAAAAACUCCUCCUCCCUCCCCCCGCCCUCCCCCCUCUCCUCCAAUCAGAUGCCUCCGUCCUCGCAGCACGACGGCUUCACGGGGAAGCAGCGCAGCAACGGGCAGGAGGCGCGCAACGGGCGGACACGGGGAGGAACAGGAGGGGGGAGAGAGGGGGGGGAGAAGGAGAACGCCAGCGGUGUUCUGACCAAUCACAGACACGGCGGGGGAGGAGGGGGCGGGACUAAAGGCAGCCGCGGCAACAAGAUCCGUAGCAACAGUAAGAACCAGACGUCCGGCUCCAGAAGCAUCAGCUCCUCCUCGUCCUCCUCCAUCCCCACCUCCAACGGGGGGGGCGGGGGGGGCGCGGGGGGAGGCGGCCUGCUGAUGUCGGCGAUGGCGGCGUCGCCGUGCUCGCAGCCGUCCCGCCUCGCGCCGCGCUCGCAGAUGAUGAAGCGCAGCCCGCCGGCGGUGCCGUCGCCGCCGCGGCCCGUCCAGAUGGAGCGGCACCUGGUGCGCCCCCCCCCCGCCUGCCCGGAGCCGUCCUGCCUGCCGCUGGACUCUGGCUCCGCCCACAUCAUGACCAGAGACGUCUGGCUGCGAGUCUUCACACACCUGAGCCAGAGAGAGCUGUGCGUCUGCAUGAGGGUCUGCCGCACCUGGAGCCGCUGGUGCUGUGACAAGCGGCUGUGGACUCAGAUCGACCUGAGCCGGCAGCGCUCCAUCACCCCCCCCAUGCUGAGUGGUAUCAUCCGCCGCCAGCCCGUCUCACUCAACCUGGGUUAUACCAACAUCUCCAAGAAACAGCUGAUGUGGCUCAUCAACCGCCUGGAAGGUCUCCUGGAGCUGAACGUGUCUGGCUGUUCGUGGCCGGCCGUCUCCGCUCUGUGUCAGGCCGUCUGUCCUUGUCUCCGGCUGCUGGACCUCAGCAGAGUGGAGGACCUGAAGGACUCCCACCUGAGAGAGCUGCUGGCCCCCCCACCUGACACCAGGACAGCCCACGGUGAAACCAGAGUGGGGCGGUUCCAGAACGUGACGGAGCUGCGAUUGGCCGGCUUGGACCUGACGGAGGCGUCGUCCCGCCUGCUGGUGCGCUACGUCCCCCGGCUCGUCAGACUGGACCUGAGCCAGUGUUUGAACAUCACUGACCAGACGAUCCACACGCUCACCUCCCCCAUCUCCCCCCUCAGAGAGAGCCUCACCCACAUCAACCUGGCAGGUUGUCUGAAGGUGACGGAGCAGUGUGUCCCUCUCCUGCGUCGCUGCACCUCCCUGCAGACGGUGGACCUGCGCUCCUGCUCCCUCCUCUCCUCUGAGACCGGACAGCUCCUCUCCUUCCCCACCCACGCCUCCUCCACCUCCUCCUCCUCCUCCACCGCCUCCUCCUCUUACCAGGGCAACGAGCCCCGCCUCCCACCUCCUUACACUACAGACAGGUGA